AUGACAAAUUCAACAAUUGCAACUUCAAAUUUAUUCAAACCAAUUAAAGUAGGUAAUGCAUUAUUAAAGAACAGAAUAGCACAUUUACCAACAACAAGAAAUAGAGCACAUCCAGGGGAUGGUAUUCUGACUGACUUGCAAUUGAAAUAUUAUACAGAUAGAGCUAAAAAUGGUUCUUUAUUAGUUACUGAAGCAACUAUUGCUACUCCAAAAUUAGGUUGGUAUCCCAAUGUACCUGGUAUUUGGAAUGAGAAACAAGCAUUAGCUUGGAAAGAAAUUGUUGAUUCUGUUCAUGAAGCUGGUGGAUUUAUUGCUGUUCAAUUAUGGGGAUUAGGUAGAGUUGCUAGUCCUGCUUUAAUGAAAGAAAAAGGUUAUGACUUUGUUGGUGUUAGUGAUGUUUAUGAACAUGAGAAAUCAGAACAAGAAGCUAAAGAAAGUGGAAAUUUAUUGAGAGCAUUGACAAAAGAAGAACUUCAUAAAUUAGCUACUGAAGACUAUCCAAAUGCUGUAAGAUUAGCUUUAGAUGUUGCUGGAUUCGAUGCAAUCCAAAUUCACGGAGCAAACGGUUAUUUGUUUUCUCAAUUCCUUCAUCCCUUGAUAAAUACAAGAACUGAUGAGUAUGGUGGUAAGUCAGUAGAAAACAGAACAAGAUUUUUAUUUGAAGUUAUUGAUAACAUUUUCAAAGUCGCAGAUGCUUCAAAGGUCGCAAUUAGAUUAUCACCAUACAAUGAAUUUCAAGAACCAGGAGUUAAUCCGUAUAGUAAGGAGGAUUACACUUACAUCUUGAAAGAAUUUCAAAAAAGAGCAGAUCAAGGUAACGAAUUAGCCUUUAUUGAUUUGGUAGAUGGUAGAUAUGAUCAAGAUGGAGUUACUGAAGAUAUUAAUUUAGAUUAUUUCUACAAAUUUUGGAAAGGUAUCAUAUUAAGAGGUGGUAAUUAUACUUACGAUCAAAAAGACAAUUGGGCCAACAUUGUUAAGGAUUCAAAUGCAAAUGAUCGUACAUUAGUUGGAUUUGGUAGACAUUUUAUUGCUAAUCCUGAUUUACCAGAAAGAAUUAAGAAAAAUGAAUUAUUAAACGAGUAUGAUAGAUCAACUUUUUAUACACCUUAUGAUUAUGGAUACAAUACAUACCCUGUAUAUGGUGCAAAAGAUGAAUCAGAUCCUGAUGCUAAAAUUACUGGUAAACCUUUGGUCUAG